AUGUGCGGGAAUCACUCUAGUGCUACUGAAUUUUAUCUCUUAGGCUUCCCUGGCUCCCAAGAAUUACGCCAUAUCUUAUUUGCUACCUUCUUCCUCUUCUACUCCGUGACAUUUAUUGGAAACACAGUCAUCAUCAUGAUGGUCUGUGUUGAUAAACGUCUGCAGUCCCCCAUGUAUUUCUUCCUUGGCCACCUCUCUGUCCUGGAGAUCCUGAUCACAUCCGUUACUGUCCCCUUGAUGCUCUGGGAGUUGCUGCUCCCUGGGAUGAAGGCAAUAUCUUUGACUGCAUGUGGUGCACAACUUUAUUUGUACCUUUCUUUGGGUACAUCGGAGUUUAUAUUAAUGGGAGCAAUGGCUGUGGACCGUUACGUGGCAAUCUGUAACCCUCUGAGGUACAACAUCAUUAUGAACAGCCACACCUGCAUCUGGGUGGUAAUUGUGUCCUGGGUGUUUGGGUUCCUAUUUGAAAUCUGGCCAGUCUAUGCCACAUUUCAGCUUACCUUCUGCAAAUCAAAUAUGGUAGACCAUUUUUUAUGUGACCGAGGGCAACUGCUCAAACUAUCCUGUGAUGACAGUCUUUUCACAGAGUUUCUUCUUUUUUUAAUGGCUGUUUUCAUCAUCAUUGGUUCUCUGGCCCCGACAACUGUCUCCUACACCUACAUCAUCUCCACCAUCCUCAAGAUUCCCUCAGUCUCUGGCCGGAGAAAAGCCUUCUCUACUUGUGCCUCCCAUUUCACCUUUGUUGUGAUCGGCUAUGGCACCUGCUUGUUCCUCUAUGUGAAACCCAAGCAAACACAGGCAGCUGAGUACAACAGGGUGGCCUCACUGUUGGCUUCAGUGGUGACCCCUUUUCUGAAUCCUUUUAUCUUUACCCUCCGGAAUGACAAAUUUGUAGAGGCCUUUCGAGAUGUCAUGAAAAGCUGCUGUCAACUCCUCAAGGUUUAG